CUGAGGAAGAGGAUGAACCAGAGACGAGUCUCUUCGACCCACAGUGAUUGAUAUUGAGAGGAUGGGAAGGAGAAGUUGGUGAGAGGAGGCAAAAGGAAAACAGACGGAGCAGCCAUGACGUGGAGGAGCCCCCUGGCUGUGGUCAGGGAUGCUCUGGAAGGUCAGAGGGCAAGGCAGAAGGACCUCCGCAACUUGGUGUCCAAUCUGCCUUAUGAGGGACUAGAGAAGGCAAAGCAACCCAACCGCUACUUUCUUGGAAACGCCAUCAAGACCACCAAAUACACCCUGCUCCUCUUCAUCCCCAUGAACCUCUUUGAGCAGUUCCAUCGUCUGGCCAACCUCUACUUCGUGGGCCUAGCUAUUCUGAACUUUGUCCCUGUGGUGAAUGCGUUUCAGCCUGAGGUAGCUCUUAUUCCUAUUUGUGUCAUCCUGUCUCUGACGGCCUUGAAGGAUGCCUGGGAGGACUUCAGGAGGUACAAGUCAGACAGGAAGCUCAACAACACACCGUGCUUCAUCUAUAGCAG